AUGCAUUUCAUAAUUCAGAACAUUGAGAAGACAGCUCUACUCUCUAAGCAUAUCAAUCUGCUUACUGCUGAGAUGGAACUUGAGACAGCAGAUCAGAAAAUGCAGGAUUUUGAGAUGCAGGUUAACCUGGCUGAGAGAAAGCAGCAGAAACCCUUCUCUGAGAAGGCAGUGAAGAGAGAUUUUGAAAUGAUUAUUAUCUCAGAUGAGAAGAAGAUGAAGAAGAAGAAGAAUAAGAAAUUACUGAAGAGUUAUCUCUCUACUGCAAUUACUGCAACUUCAUUCAGAAACAUUUAUCAUAAACUGAUCAUAGCUCUGAAGAAAUUUUCUGACAUCUGA